CUUCCUUCAUACAAUGAACCAGUUUCAAUUAAGGAGACUAAUGCUAAGCCACUUCUCAUUGUCUGGAGGGAAGAGGAGAGUGAAGAGAUCCUACCAGUCCCUACAGGAUUGUUCCCUUUAACAAUUGUACACCUACUCAACCAGAAAGAAUGCGUUACUAAAAUCGGUCCGUCGACACCAGCUUUUUUCAAAUUUCGAGAUGCCAUGUCCCUCAAGAUAACAAUCACAUCAAAGCACACACUUCACCUCAUCAACCGUUACACUCAUAUUGAAGUGUACUUUACUGGUCCUACCCAGCACUGUCCAUUAGUACGUAAGCUACUCACAACAGCUAUUGAUAAUAGCAGUGAUGCCAUGCACCUCAAGCAUAAUUACAUCAAUGCAUUUGCUUGCCCUUACAAUGAGAGCUGCUAUUGCAUUGUAAAUGAAGAUCACCAUAAAGUAGCUGAUUGUACAGUUUGUGGUGAAUCUCCUGCUCUUAGCAAUGACUACUGGACCUGGUUUAAUGAUGCACAAGGACCUGAUGAGAGUAACAAUGGAACACAAAUAAAACAAGAUAUUGAUCAGCCAUCAGAUGAAAGACCUAUUGAGUGUAACAAUGAAAGACAAAUAGAACAAGUUAAUGAUCAGCCAUCAGAUGAAAGACAUGAUGAGAGUAAAAAUGGAACACAAAUAAAGCAAGUUAAUGAUCAGCCAUCAGAUGAAAACCUGUCACUCCUGUUAGACAAGAAGCCUCAAUUGAAUGACCUCCUUCAGCUUUUUAAAAGUUAUGCUGCUCAAUAUAAAGUUAUUGGUGUUGCAUUAUCAGUUCCAGUUGAUGACCUGUUGCCUAUUCCAGGGGCUGCUACUCAUAACCUCAUUUGUGUCUUUGAGAGAUGGAUAGCAUCUAAUGAAGAAGUGUCCUGGAGUAAAGUACUUCAAGUUUGUGAUGAGUAUCCAGACCAACUUGGAAGAGCAAAAGCUGAAGUGGAAGAAUUCCUAUCAUCAGACAGAGCCAGGGGUGGAUCUAGGUGGGGUGGGCCAGGGUCAAAGUGUUGUCACUGUUGUGCAGUUAUUUGAAAUUAACUUUUUCAUGUGGAUGAUUAUGUAAACUGUGAAGCAUGACUAUGCAAGCAAUUUGUAAACCACAGGGGAGCUCAUUUUAAUUGUAGCCUUAGAUUUCAAAAUUUUGACUUUCAAUGCAAGCUUUGUUGACUACUUCCACUAAUUACCACACCUACAUCAUAAUGCCACUUAUGCUAACACUUUGCAUUGUGCAUUUCAUUUGCCUGUCAGUGUGUGCUUAUAAUUAUGAUAAGUUAUUCUUUUUGUAUCUUCUUAAUUUUACAAUACAU